CGGUACGACUCGUGUUUACGACGGUGCACCGCUACCGAGGGACAGUGCGCUCCCCCACAGCUGCUCGCAUCCACGACAAAAAGACCAUGAGCAAGGACUCCCAGAUGAGGGCAGCCAUCAACCAGAAGCUGAUCGAAAUGGGCGAGCGGGAGCGGUUGAAAGAAUUGCUCAGGGCCAAGCUGGUGGAGUGCGGGUGGAAGGAUCAGCUGAAGGCGCACUGCAAAGACGUCAUCCGAGAAAAAGGCCUGGACCACGUCACCGUGGAGGACCUGGUCACCGAAAUCACACCCAAAGGCAGAGCGCUGGUUCCCGACAGCGUGAAGAAGGAACUCCUGCAGAGAAUCCGAGCGUUCCUGGCGCAGCACGCGGCCUUGUGAGCGCCCCGCCAAAAAAAAAAAAAAAAAAAAAUUCAUUUUUCAUUUUUUCACCCUCUUUAGCUCUCGCUGCAUAGAUCAACAGGCAAAACGCCCGACUGAGCGUCAUUCUAUUCAUGUUGUUUCAUAACGUGUUUUUCAUAUUGUUUCUAAAUGGUUAUGGAUGGAUGGCAGUUUUUGGAGAAAAAUAAACGUCGCACCUAUUUUAGUUAGCGGCGCUUCCCGUCUGUCUUUUGACACCCGACGACGGUCAUUCUGGUUUUCAACCUACGGCAAAACGGGAUUUUUUUUUCUCAGAUGUGUCAAACUUGUCGUCUCUCUGACGACAGUGACAGCGUGACAAAAAGGCAGCUGCUAUGUUUCAAAGUGUCUUAUGCGCCAAGUCAUAUUUCCAUCUUUUGACAUUACGUUAACAAGAAAUACUCCAGUGACACUGACUCUAAGAAGUCUACACACCCGUGUUCAAAUGCCAGGUAUCUGUGAUAUACGAAAAAGAAAUACUUGCUGAGCAUUUUCCAGCUUUCAUGUGACAUAUAACAUCUACAACUCAUGGAAUGUGAGCAGAAGUAAGGAUGAACUAAAGUAAUGGGGGUUGCGAAAGUGUACACACCCUCCCCUAAAUGUGGUGAGCACACACCUGCCACGAUUUCAUGGAGCCGAUUUACCAAAUAAAGUUCAGCUGCUCUGGUGCUAUUUCAAAUUAUUGAUAAUUAUUUUCCUUUUUUGUGCGUCCCGUUUCAUGCGUGCUCGC